UUUGACCUGUCACGUGGUUUAAAACUUCAGCGUGAUGGCGCGGAAACCUGUCAGAGCACACGGUUUUAUCAAUUCUGACCGGUAGGGUCAUUAUCAUUCAGUUACUCCUGCCGAAGAAAUUUGCCGAUUUUUGCUCGUUUAUGUCCAUCGAGUGUCACCGUUUGCACGUCUCUGUGUGUUGUGCUAUAACGUAAUCGAUCAAUCUUCUGCAAGCCUGUUCCUUCAGCCAUGAGUGUGUUGGAGGUGAAGUUCAUUGGGGAUGGAGAUGUUCUGGAACACAUCGUGGACAAGCAGGAGGAGGUGCAAAGCGGUUCUGGCACAGUUCAGAAGAUGGUCACCUUCAAGAGCCCGAUGGGACGGCGAUCCAGAGACGAUCCAGAAGUGAAGGAGGGGGAUGAACGUGGCCUCCUUGAUGAGCAGAACUAUGUUCAAGCUCUUUGUGCAGGAAACACAGAAGAUGACGAAGAUAUGUCCAGAGUUGGAGGAUCGUCCAUUUUCACUUUUCAGAAAAACAAACGAAGCCAUAGCAUGGCCCAGACUGCAAAUGAAUUGGCCCGAACCCCAGGGAAAAGUGUGAGCUUCAGCACCACUCCCAACGUCGAGCCCUCAACACCCACUCGGGCAGGGCGCAGCCAGAGAAAUGAAAAACAAACUUCACAGAGGCGCAAAAGGGUGCAGUUUGUCUCCACAACACCACACAGGCUGAGGAAGAGAAUGUCAAAUCCCAGCCUUCGAUCAGACAGCGACAGUGAGUUUUCACCCUCCGACUCUGGGGAAGAAGAGGAUGGGGAUGAAGUCACGGUGGACGAAGAACAGAAAGUCAAGAAAGACAACAGCGGGAACAAGACCCCAAGAACGCCUCGCAAAGCUUCAUCGGCAGCACUCUACAAGACCCCCGCCAAAAAGGGCAAGGGCACGUCUGAACCCGUCAACCAGCCUACCAUGGUUGAGGAGUAUUUUGAGGCCCACGGCAGCUCAAAAGUCUUAACGUCGGACCGCACACUCGAGCGUUUACACACACCUAAAUUGGACAGGGAGACGCUGACCCAGCUUUUAGAAGGAAAACCUUCCCGCUACCUUGCAGAGAUCCAGAACCUCCACGACAAACACAAAAAGCACUUUAGCAAAUGGAUGCUGCAGCUACAGUUGGGAUUCAGCGUGCUGCUCUACGGUUUGGGCAGCAAGAAAGAUCUGCUGGAGGAAUUUCGGUUUUCUCACUUGUCUGAAGAGAUGCACCUCGUGAUCAACGGGUUCUUCCCUUCCAUCACGCUGAAAUCGAUUUUGAACACUUUGACAUGUGAAGUCCUUGAGCACCAGGGGAGUUUCCGAACGCCGUCCGACCAGAUCCAGUACAUCGCCCAAACCCUUCGAGACCGGCCGCAACUUCACAUCUACGUGUUGAUCAAUAAUAUUGAUGGACCAAUGCUGCGAGGAGAAAAGACCCAGAGUGCCUUGGGGCAACUGGCAUCCCUCCCCAACAUUCACUUGGUGGCUACUAUUGACCACAUCAACGCUCCUCUUGUGUGGGACCAGUUUCAGCAGAGUCAGUUUAACUGGUUGUGGUGGGAGUGUGUGACAUUCAAGCAUUACACAGAAGAGACGUCGUAUGAAAACUCUCUGCUGGUGCAGCAAACGGGGGCUCUGGCUCUGUCUUCCCUGACGCACGUUCUCCGCAGCUUGACCCCAAAUGCACGAGGUAUUUUCAAAUUGCUGGUGAAAUUUCAGCUGGAAAACAAAGACAAUCCUUCAUACGCAGGAUUGUCAUUCCAAGAUUUUUACCAGCGUUGUCGGGAGUCAUUCUUAGUGAACUCUGACCUCACUCUGAGGACUCAGCUGACCGAGUUCAGAGACCACAAACUGAUACGAACGCGCAAGGGUGCAGAUGGUGUGGAGUACCUGAUGGUUGCCGUGAAUGCGAGCACAUUGUUGGACUACUUGGAGAAUGAGGAUGCUGACUGAGAUGAUCGCUAUGAAUUGGACUGAUUUUCUUUUUUCUGGCCAACA